AUGGUGGAUAACUCGUGCCCAAAUGCACCUGAACCGUUCGCAGAGGAAACUAAACUAACAACAAAGCGAGCAGGUUUGCUCUGCGAUGGCACACCUCCUGGGCAGCCCACCUUGCCCGUGCUCCUCUCUCCUAUAGUUGCUGUGUCCUCCCUUCCCUUGGGACGGGGCUUCACAGCUAACUAUUGCAAGCUACAUGGUUACUUAGAAAGCGAGCCGCUCACGCUACAGCUGUUCAUUGGGACUGCAGACGACCGCCUGCUGCGACCCCAUGCUUUCUACCAGGUUCAUCGAAUCACCGGGAAGACCGUUUCCACCACCAGCCAUGAAACAAUACUUUCCAACACCAAAGUCCUGGAAAUUCCACUUCUUCCAGAGAACAACAUGAGAGCAAUCAUCGACUGUGCUGGGAUAUUAAAGCUCCGAAACUCUGACAUCGAGCUGCGCAAGGGAGAGACGGACAUCGGUCGGAAGAACACGCGUGUGCGGCUGGUCUUCAGGGUUCAUAUCCCACAGGCCAAUGGCAGGACCCUCUCCUUGCAAGUAGCCUCCAACCCCAUCGAGUGCUCUCAGAGAUCUGCCCAAGAACUGCCUCUGGUGGAGAAGCAAAGUACUGACAGCUUUCCUGUUAUUGGAGGGAAAAAAAUGAUAUUGACUGGCCAUAACUUUCUGCAAGACUCCAAAGUCAUCUUUGUGGAGAAAGCACCAGAUGGUCACCAUGUGUGGGAAAUGGAAGCCAAAACCGACAAAGAAAUGUGCAAGCCAAAUUCGUUGGUGGUUGAGAUACCACCUUUCCGCAAUCAGAGAAUUACCAGCCCUGUGCAGGUCAACUUCUAUGUUUGCAACGGAAAGAGAAAGAGAAGCCAGUACCAGCUUUUCACCUAUCUUCCUGCUAAUGUUCCAAUUAUAAAAACAGAACCCACAGAUGACUAUGAGCCUGCUCAAACCUGUGGACCAAUGAACCAAGGCUUAAGCCCUCUCUCUAAACCAUACUACAGCCAGCAGAUCAUGAUGCCCCCUGAUCCUGGUUCGUGCCUCGUGGCUGGCUUUGCCUCCUGUCAGCAGAGAAACGCUGUGAUGUCACCCUCUCCCAACGCAAGCCCCAAGCUGCACGACCUUUCGUCCUCUCCUUACAAGUGCAUCCCCAACCCGGGCCACAGUCACCUCGGACUUCAGCAGCCCGCUGGAGGUGUUCCCACCAUACAGGAAGUGCCAAGGUCUAUAGUUGUGCACCCAAGCUCCCCCGAGCAAUCAUCUCACAUCAUGCUGCAGCCGCAGGUGAGUCAACAUCUGAGCAGUAGCUGUCCCCUUGGUUACCAACAAACACUCUAUCCCAACAGUCCCUCUUCUCCAGUUCCAUCUGUUACCCAAGAGCCAACCUAUUUGCAGUCCUGCAGUCCAACUCACUCAUCCAUAAUGGGUCAACAGCAGCAGCAACUGCCGAAGGUUCACAGAAAUGAGUCUCCAACAACCCAACCACUGUCAUUGCCAGAGUUGCAUGAGGAAAGUAAUCAUAAUUUGGCCCCUAUUCCUGUAACGAUCAAGCGAGAACCUGAGGAAUUGGACCAGAUGUACCUGGAUGAUG